UUACAGCUGCGAUCACUUAAAUUGACUUAAUGCAUCAAAACGACACUAUGGGCUGUCCUCUGAAACACGAAGGCUCUUCAUCGACGGAAACGCGUAGUGGAGAUUCUUCACGACAACGCGCAAGCUGCGGAACGCGCAAAUAUGAAAUGUGCAGAUAUAACGCCAUCAUGAUAGUCGCGAGGCUCGGUGUCACGCCUUGAUACUGAUGUUGAUCUCCUCCUGCCCCAAGCCGCGCUAACCACGAGCCGCUAUCUCUUAAUAUAUUUCUUAUUGGCCAGUUUAAACCGCUUAACCGCCUUCUAUCAGCUCCUAGAUAAGAUGGGGGCUUCUACUAUUCGAGGAUGCUUGACUUCACAUAUCAACUCAAGGCCAUAGGAGCAUUCGUUACUCUCGUUCUGGCAGGCAAUGUCCUCCGCGCUAAAUUACGAUCAAGGUCACGCCUGCCUCUUCCUCCAGGACCUCCAGGACAUUGGCUUUUCGGAACCCCACUACCAAAAGUCAACCAAUCUCAGCAGUUUGCUGAAUGGAUCAAUACCUAUGGUCCCAUCAUCUCCCUUCGAGUCGGGCCUGGCAGGGUCAUGGUCAUCAUUGGUAGACAUCAGGAAUCUAACGAUUUAAUGGAGAAAGAGGGUGGUGUGCUAGCGGACCGCCCUCGUGUGGUUGCAGCAGGAGAGAUAUUGUCUCGCGGACUAUACCUUGUCCUUGCACCUGUAGGAGACCGGUUUCGGAGACUUCGCAAGGCAGCACAUACUCAUCUUCAAGCGAAAGCUGCAGACUCCUAUGCACCCGUCCAGAUGAACGCCGUCCGUGAUGUUAUCCUUGACAUCCUUGAUAACCCUAAAGGACACCAAGCAGCUGUGAAGCGCUACGCCGCCUCAGUCUUGUUGCGUGUCAUGUAUGGGAAGUCCACGCCCACUGCCACGAAUGCACCCGAAAUCAUCGUGAUGCAUAAAUUUCUCAAGCGCUUCCUGAUAGUCAUGCGACCUGGUGCGUUCCUGGUAGAUCGCUACCCAAUCCUCAAGUAUGUCCCGGGAUACACAACCGAGUUGGAGCAAUGGAGAAGAGAAGAGAGUAAGCUCUUGCAUGACAAUCUCGAUCGUGUUUCGAGAGAAUUGGCGACCGGCAUGGCCGGCCCCUCAUUUUCUCGGUACCUUCUGGAGAACCAGUCUUCACACCAGCUUUCGGACGACGAAAUGGCCUAUCUUGUUGGAUCGCUCUUUGGCGCCGGUUUAGACACGACUUCUGUGGCGAUCAUGUAUGUCGUCAUGGCUUCUGCAUGUUAUCUCAAGGCGCAGGAGAAAGUCCAAGAACAGCUGGAUAUCGUCGUUGGUCGUGACAGAGCUCCAACUUUCGACGACUACAAUUCCCUUCCGCAGCUCGAGGCAUUCAUACUGGAGUGCCUUCGCUGGAGGCCCGUGACACCCCUUGGAUUUGCUCACCGUGCCUCGGCUGAUAUCGUCUACAAAGGGAUGCUUAUCCCAGAGGGCGCUAUAGUACUUGGGAACCAUUGGGCAAUCUCGCGCGACCCUAGCGUCUAUCCCAACCCUGAGCAGUUUGAUCCUGAGAGAUGGCUCAACAGCGAGGGCAAAAUCCGGGACGACAUCAAGUUCCCUUCAUUCGGCUUUGGACGCAGAGCCUGCCCCGGGCUGCAUAUAGCGAAUCGAUCAAUCUUCAUCAACGCUGCGCUCCUCUUGUGGUCGUUCAAGAUCACGCAGGACCCGGAGAAUCCGAUUGAUAUGUGCUUCGUAGAUGACGUGAUUGCAUGCCCCAAACCGUUCGCUGCGCGCUUCCAGCCGCGGUUUGGGGAUGAGGCAUCGUUGAGGAACGUGAUGGCUAAGUACGGAGAGGGGUUAUAGGAUAUUGAGCACGAAUUCGAAAACUGACUUCGAACCUUCGAACCUUCUUGCUUUCCUUCCUCAGUACUUCACGCGCAACACAACUUCCCCAGCACAGUUGCACAAGUGGGACCGACUUGGUAAAUUCUUAGGUAGAAAUUACAUGUUGUCAAGUCCCCUACACGGACCUUCCCCCGCCCAAUUUAUCCACAUCUGCAUCCAACAUCGGCUAAACCUUCGUAUGUGAGAAAACCUAAACCUCGUCGCAGAGUAUCAUCGUCCUGAAUCCUCGUUGUAAAACUUUGGCGAGGACCUAACCGAUUCCUUCAGUGCUAAUGAGACAUAUAAAAUAUCUUAUUUAGGAAGAUAAUAUGAAA